AUGAGUCGGCAGCAGAGUCUCGUAUGGACCGGAAGUUAGGCCGGAAGGAGGAAAACACUAAUGUAGCUAGCUGGUAGCUAACCAUGCAUAUAUUAUUUAGUGUACAGGUAAAUAUUGUCAAUAAUUCCUCAGGUUUCUAUCAAACUGUAACGAUAGUAACAAGCUAGUGUCCCGUAGAGCCUUCUGCUGUUUUGCGGUAAUGCGGAUUGACAGAAGAAUCUAACCCGGAAGCUGGGCUGGAAGAAAGAAGAUGCUUAUGUUGAUAGCUAGCUAGCUUAGAUUGGUAGUAGUGUCUGAACUGUGUCUGAUAUCAUUUGAUGUCGUUUAAAUAACACUUGGAUUUUGCCCAACUCGGACUUUAUACGUGGAGUUAGCGAUAUUUUCAACGACCAUUUCAUACAGUUUUGCUAUCUGGUCUAGGAAAGUAAAUGAUCUAGCUAACGUUGGCCUAGCUAGUUAGCUAUCUGAGUUGUAUGGAAAGUAAUCCGCUAGAUAAUGUGACCUCGUGGUGAACUGUCGGGGAUUUGAGAAGAAUCUGCUUUAGUUUAAUUCAGUGACCCAACUUUUAUAGGAAAGUAUUUCUGAAGAAUUCACGAUGAAUGAGGAUUCUGCUGACCCAUCCAUCCCCCCUCUCUCCUGCUCCACUGAAUCUAACCCUAACCCAUCCAUCCCCCCUCUCUCCUGCUCCACUGAACCCAACCCUCCGGAGUCACUGGUUCCUGACUCUAACCAUAGAGACAUCGACAACUGCAGUGAAAUACCCAUAUUUAACAUUGUAGUCAAGGAGGAGGAAGACUGGGACGUGGAUAAUACUGUUGAACGAGGAGCGAGUUCUAACACCAGCUCUAGUGAUGGGGCACCAACAGAACCUGAACAGCACCAGGAGAAUCCUAGACCUAAGAAGUUUUGGCGCUGCCCAGAAUGUGGAAUAGAGAUCGCUCACCCAUCUAAUUUCAACAGACACCUGAGAACACACACAAACCUUGCUAAGGAGUCUUCCGUCUGUCCAAUAUGUGGGAAAGACUUUGUUCACCCCUCCAAACUGAAGAGACACUUCCGAACACAUACAGGAGAAAAGCCUUACCAGUGCUCUGUGUGCGGGAAGCGAUUCACACUACAGCCCCACCUGGAAAGACAUCAGAUGACCCACCCUGGAGAGAAACAGCCAGACGCGACAAAGAAGCACCCGUGCUCCGAUUGUGGAAAGGAAUGUUUCUCUGCAUAUGAACUGAAGAUGCACAUGAGAAAGCACACAGGGGAGAGACCUCACCAGUGCUCCUACUGCGAGAUGAGCUUUGGCUGUAAGGGAACUCUAUCGAGACACGUACGACGCCAUACAGGAGCACCCACACCGAAACCUUACCAAUGCUCACAGUGUGGGAAGAGAUACGAGUCACCAUCAAGGCUCAGGCAGCAUCAGACUGUGCACACUGGAGAUAAACCUUACGAGUGCUCUGAUUGUGGGAGGGGUUUUGCUUCGACCGAAGGUCUUCGCAAACGUCAAUGCAACCAUGCCAGUAACCAUAGCAACCAGUGUACACUGGGAAUUCCAGAUAUGGCGUCAUCGGGCAGUAAAACUAUGAAUAUCAAGAUCGAAGACGAGGAACAGGAGCUGGCAAUUAAUGUCAAAGAGGAGGAAAUUGUUGUUUUUGUCAAUGCUGAUGGAAAGAAACCUUACCGGUGUACCUCCUGUAAAAAUACCUUUGUUCACCGUAGCUCUCUAGCAAGACACAAACAAUCCCACACUAGUGUCGCACAAUACAGCUGCUCAGAAUGUGGGAAGGAAUUCAGCCAAUCGUGGACUUUCAAGAUACACAUGCAACAGCACACCGGAGAGAACCCGUACCACUGCUGUCGGUGUGAUAAGAGUUUCUCAGCUUCACCACUCCUCAAAAGACACCAGCGAGUUCACACUAAGGUGAAACCUUACCCCUGCUCUCUCUGCAGAAAUAAAUUAUCGUCGGCAAAUCAGUCCUGUCUCCAUGCUGGAGAAGGACCUGUGGCUAGCCUGAGCCAAGCUCCUGGACAGGGAUCACAGCAGCAGGUGUCUGCAGUGGUAGAGGAGUCUGUUGUACUGGAUGUGAAAGAGGAGGAGGAGGAUCCUGCUUUUGCAGAGAGACCUGACCGCUGCUCUGAGAGUGAAGUGAGUCCCUCUACAACAGGACUACCUGAACAACACCAGGGGAAUCACACAGCUAAGAAGAAUCACUACUGUUCAGUGUGUGGAAAAAACUGUCACAAGUUAUCAAAACUACAAAUACAUAUGAGAACUCACACAGGAGAAAAACCUUACUCCUGCUCUGUCUGCGGGAAACAAUUCAGUGACAAAGGAAACCUGAAAAAACACCAGACGUUGCACACAGAAGAGAAGCUGUACAGUUGCUCCGUGUGCGGGGAGAGUUUCUCUUCAUCGUCAAAUCUUACCAAACACCAGAGAACGCACACAGGAGAGAGUCAUGGUUUUACACCAGCACUGGUUAUCAUAGUGAAAGAGGAGGAAGAGGAUCCUGCUUUUGCAGAGAGACAUGACCACUGCUCUGACAGUGAAGGGAGUCCCUCUACAUCAGGACUACCUGAACAACACCAGGGGAAUCACACAGCUAAGAAAAUUCACUGUUGUUCAGUGUGCGGACAAGACUGCAAAAAGUUAUCAAAACUGCUAAUACAUAUGAGAAUACACACAGGAGAAAAGCCAUAUCCUUGCUCUGUGUGUGGAAAGGAGUUCCGUGUCAAAAGACAUCUUCAAGACCACCAGAUAGUGCACACUGGAGAGAAACCUUACGUCUGCUCCAAAUGUGACAAGAGGUUUGGUUUUGCCUCAGCCUUGAAAAGGCACCAGUGGUUACACGCAGAAGAGAAACCUUACUCUUGCUCUGUGUGUGGGAAGGGUUUUAGCUUACAAUCACGCAUGAAGGAACACUUCCUGAUGCACUCAGGAGAAAAACCCCACUCCUGCUCUGUCUGUGGAAAGAGUUUCAGCCGUCCAGAUCAGUUAAAGGACCACUCUCUGCAACACACAGGGAAACCCCACCACUGUUCUAUGUGUGAGCAAAGCUUUGCCUUGUCUAAACAACUCCUGAAGCACGAGAAGACUCACACAGGAAAGAGACCUUAUAGUUGCUCUGUGUGUGGGAAGAGUUUCAGUGAGAAGGCGUAUCUUGAAGACCACCGGUCAGUGCACACUGGAGAGAAACGACACCCUUGCCCUGAUUGUGACAAGAAGUUUGGAUGUGCUUCGUCCCUGCGUAAACACAGACUGUUGCACAUAGAAGGGAAAUCCCACUCCUGCUCUGUGUGUGGGAAGAAUUUUUCUGAAGCACGUUACUUGAAGGAGCAUUUCCGGACACACACUGGAGAGAAACCUUUCUCCUGCUCUGUCUGCGAUAAGAGUUUUGCGAGAUCAGCAGGCCUUAAAGUCCACCACAGAUAUCAUACAGGAGAGAAACCUUACAGCUGCACUAAAUGCGGCCAGAGCUUCAUUAGUUCUCAAAAACUUCAGAGACAUCAGAAAACUCAUGCUGGUUUACCACCUGUUGAGUUUCAAAACCCUGUUACAAUUGAAGGAGAGCGGGAGAGAGAAGAUGAGAAAGUUGGUGGUCUGAUUCAUUCAGCUGGAGAAGAGGUUGGUUGGGAUCUUCAUCGUCUCGGCGAAAGUUCGGAGGGGAGAACCUCUACAUCAGGAGAACCUAAAGAAACCUAGGGGAAUCUCAAAGCUCAGAGAUACAGUUGCUCUGUGUGUGGGAAAGACUGGCAACGGUUAUUUGAUCUGAAAAAGACACGACACGUGAAACCGUACAGAUGUUUUGUUUGUGGGAAGAGUUUUAGACGAGCAGACCUGAUGAAGCAUCACUUUUGGACACAAAGGAGACGCAUGGGGAGAAACCUUACCCCUGUUCUGUCUGUGGGAAGGCUUUAACAAGAUCAUCAGACCUUAACAUACACAGUAGAGUUCAUGCAGGAGAGAAACCUUACCCCUGUUCUGUCUGUGGGAAGGCUUUAACAAGACCAUCAGACCUUAACAUACACAGUAGAGUUCAUGCAGGAGAGAAACCUUACCCCUGUUCUGUCUGUGGGAAGGCUUUAACAAGACCAUCAGACCUUAACAUACACAGUAGAGUUCAUACAGGAGAGAAACCUUGCAGCUGUGACGAAUGUGGCCGGAGACACAAGAAGAGACGCCACAUCUCACUUCCUGAGGAGGACCAGGCUGGCGGGGGUCAAGACUGAAGAGCCAAUAGUAUCAUAGAUGAAGAGGAGGAGGCAACCUCUUAUGUCAACGGUAGCAUGGUGGAAAGGGGGGAAACAAGAACUAGCCCUGAACAUCUUGACGUAAAAUAUAUACAGUGCAUUCGGAAAGUAUUCAGACCCCUUGACUUUUUACA